AAUACUAACUCAUUUUAACUUAUUUAUAAAAAUAAGUACUUUUUCCGUCAUCUAGUCUAGUCAAACAUGGUUUAAAGGGGGUGGAAUGUGGAAUGGGGGAAUCCACUAGCAGAUCUGGAACAAAAAGUUGAAAGAUACCAUAGAAAUUGUAACGAAAGAAAGGAUAUUCUUUUCGAUACUUACCGUACAACCAUUGUUCUUUCCUAGUUCUCUACGAAGUCGAUACAAAUAUAUACACAAUACAUAUAGGAUACAUAGACUAUGGUAUAUGUAUAUACUGACACUACAAAAUUCAGCUUUCUUGUAUGAAAAUACAGAGAUCAAACCAGUUGUAGUGAGUGUUUUUGUGAAUAGUGCAAAGGGAUUAAGGGAAAAUGUUGGAAUUGAGAGAGGGGAGUUGCUAUCCGAAGGCGUUGGUGGGAGUGAACGUGGGUCUUGCCUGCGUUGAUGGGGUGAUUGCAGCUAUCGCUUUCUGUCAGUUGAUAAGGAUUCAUUCAAGGAACUCACAUCUUGACUGGACGCGGCAAAAAGUGUUUCAUUUAAUGAUUGGAUCCUCUAAUUUGGGGUAUUUCUUUUAUUUUGUCUUAAGUCUUGUUGCUGCUUGCAAGGGUUGGCUUUGCUGGUCAAACUCCUGUGGUUUCGUUGUCAUGGCUUUCCCCAAAAUUCUGUUUGUUGCAGCAUUUCUUCUACUCUUGUCAUUCUGGGUUGACCUUUGCCAUCAGUCAAAUGAUGAUGAUGAGGAUGAAGGAUACAGUCCCCGAGAAACCCUGCUGGAGAAGAGGAGAGCUGAUUCUAAUACCAUUAGUUGCAGAAGAUUUUUCUCCUUUUCGGCGAUCCGUACAGGAAGCAGGCAAAAAAUUGUGAUUUUGGUUACUGUGAUAGUUUUUGCAAUAAUGAUAGGAUGUGCUGUGCUAAUCUGGAUUGGCAUGAGAAGGAACCAGAUGGUUUCUGAAAUCGUUGCUCAGGUAUACGUAGAUCUUUUUGCCAUUGCAGUUCUUUUGCUGGGAGGAGCCUUGGCAUGCUACGGGCUUAUAUUGUUCUUGAAAAUGAGAAAAGUGAGAUCUGAGCGUGUCUCAUCAGAUAUGUGGAAGGUUGCAGGUCUGGCGAUUGUAUCUGUUGUAUGUUUCACAUCAAGUGCUCUUGUUACUAUAUCUACAAAUAUACCUCUGAUUUAUCAUUGGCAUCAAGAAGAGAUAGACGGUGUUUAUACGUCUCUUCUACUGGUUCUAUAUUAUUUCAUAGGUUCAUCAGUGCCCUCAGCCUUCGUACUAUGGGUAAUGAGAGAGCUCCCUCCUCCACUUGUAACUAAUCGAGAGCAAGAAUCGAGAACAAUAACGUUCAUCAGAGACGAUUCAGUGACAGUACAUCCACCGACCUGGACUGCUGCAACAAGCAUGUCAAACCAGGUAUCAAGAGCAAGUCCCAUAUGAAAUAUUUUCUAAAUUUUAUUCUGCAACAUUUGUCCGAGGCGAGGAUAUGGAGAUGGAUGCUGAAACGAGCAGGACUGUGACUGAGACUAGAAGUUGCUUGAAUGCAAGAUUUACAUAGCAUUCAGGGUUCAGCCACAAGAUUGCUAUUGCCAUGAUUCUGACAGCUUUAUCUCUUGUAUAUAUUAUAUAUAUUAACAACAGGUGAAACUAAAUCGAAUGGAGAUUUCGUUUUAGUAAUAUCUGUCUACUAAGUUUCUCGAGUUUUUAUUUUUUCAAUGGCCUGAGCAGGUCAAGUUAAUCAGGCUUUGUUUGGCUUCCACAUGAUGUAUUGUGCCGUUAACUACUAUAUUGUAAACUAUCCUUAGUACUUAAUAAUAGAGGAAGUUACUUAUGUGUC